UUUCGGUAACGUUACGCUACGCCUCAAACUACAGGAGAAAAACACACACUAGCUGUUGCUAUCUACACUCUGACGAGGCUGGUUCUGUCGGGAUUUAUAUGUAGACAUAUCUGACUCACGCUCUACGAGGAAUAACAAAGCUUUAUUUUUUUAAAAACAUAAUUUUUCCCCACACCGAGGCGAUUUCUUCCUCCGAGGCGAGAAUCCCACAAAAGGCCGUCGCUGGAAAUCAACGACAAGUCGGAGAGGCUAUCGGUGUGUCUGGAGCCAGGACUAGCAGAGACAAACGACACUUUUAGGCCGCUUCAUUGUCGGUUUGUUUCGCGGCUGGUGUAACGUUAACGUCGUAUUACGGUGUUAUAACAAGGACAGCCGAGCGAGGACCGUGAUUUCCCUCUCCGCUUGGCCAUGCGAGGAGCUCGGGUAUUCACUGAAGAAUGUUUCGCCUUCCCCCGGCGUUAGCUGUGCCGCGGCUCCAUGGCCAACAGUAACAACAUGCUCCUGGCCUCUGCCGUGGUGGUGUGGGAAUGGCUGAACGAGCACGGCCGGUGGCGGCCCUACAGCCCCGCCGUCUCCCACCAGAUAGAGGCUGCUAUCCGGAGCAGCGACCCCCGCGGAGGGAGCGUGGUCCUUGGCCAGGUGGACAGCCGGCUCUCGCCGUACAUCAUAGAUCUCCAGUCCAUGCACCAGUUCCGACAGGACACAGGAACCAUCCGUCCGGUGCGGAGGAGUUUUUAUGACCCAGCCUCGGCCCCAGGUCAGGGCUGGCAGUGGGAGUGGGAAAAUGAUGCGGGUACGUGGACGGCCUACGACAUGGAGGUGGCCAUCGCAAUUGAGAGCGCCCACAAUCAGCAGCCCUGCCUCGACCUGACACCACUCGGCUUCUGCUACCUCAUUGAUUUUCAGAACAUGACACAGGUGAACAGACAGAGCCAGAGGUUUCGGAGGAUCCAGAGACGUGCUGACAUGGCCUACCCUCUAGUGUCCGGUCCUCUUCCAAUACCCAAAGGAGGUGGUGUAGGAGGAAGUGGUGGCCUAACAGGGGCGCUGCUGGGUGUUGGGGUGUCGGGGGCCAGCAUGGGGGUUGGAAGCUCUGUCUACCCCAAUGGGGGCUUGCCGGCUACUGGACUGGGCCAGCCUUGUUCGUGCCAGCAGUGCAUGCUGGUCCUUAGUGUGAAGACCAAUACAGGAGGACCAGGGGGAGGAGGUGUAGGGAUACAGACUCUAGGUAGACGCUCACUAACCUUGCAGCGGCCCAAGAACUCAGCACCCAUUGCCUCUAAACCUCUGAGCCCGUCUAAAUCAGCCACUCUGGGACGAGGACAGCAGCAGAAUUCCAACUCCAACUCUAACUACUAUCAGACCCUGCCACACGGCCUCGCCAUCUCCAGAAACAUCGCCUCUCCAAGAAGGAACGCCCAGCUUUUUGCUCAGUCACUGGCCGCUCUCACUGCUGGCACCUCCUCUCUGGGUAUCUCCUCGUCUUCCAACAGACCACCUCCACCAUCCCUCCCGCCUCCUCAGCCUCCAUCAUCCAACCCAAAUCUGAACCCUCCGUCCAUUCCAGCCAAGCACUCCUCAUCAUCAGCCAGCGAUUCAGUGCCAACCGCCACAUUAGUUACCCCUGCCAACAGCGUGACCACGCCGCCUUCUCCUGUGCCAUCUCCAUCGCCGGUGGUGAUGAAGCCACAGCGCACGCUAUCGUCAGCAGCGACAGUGUGCCAUGCCCCGUUGCCACAGAGAUCAAGCUUAGCCGGGCUGAGCAGACCAGCAUUACAGAGGAUUGCAAUGGCCCAGUCCAGAGCACUCAUAGCAUCAGGAGUACCCACCGUCCCAGUGAAGAACCUCAAUGGAUCCAGUCCUGUUCACCCUGCACUGGCAGGGAUCACAGGUAUUCUGAUGAGUGCUGCUGCUCUGCCCGUGUGUCUGACUAGACCUCCAAAACUUGUGCUGCACCCUCCGCCUGUCAGCAAGAGCGACAUCAAACCUGUGCCAGGCUUUGGCCACUGCUGCAGGAAAACCACCAAGAAACAGGCUCGCAAGGGUAAAACUCCAGAGGAGGUGGUAAAGAAGUACCUGCAGAAAGUAAAAAGUCCACCAGAGGAGGACUGUACCAUCUGUAUGGAGCCGUUGGGGGGGCCGUCUGGAUAUAAGGGUCCAGGGGUGGGGCCUGUGUCUCGAGCAGAGUCAGUUGGGCGACUAGCACAGUGUGGACACCAGUACCAUUUCCAGUGUCUGGUGGCCAUGUAUAAUAAUGGCAACAAGGACGGCAGCCUUCAGUGUCCCACCUGUAAAACCAUCUACGGUGUAAAGACAGGCAACCAACCAGCAGGGAAGAUGGAGUACCACGUCAUCCCUCACUCUCUACCAGGGCAUCCUGACUGCAAAACCAUACGCAUCAUCUACAACAUACCACCAGGCAUUCAGGGACCAGAGCAUCCGAACCCAGGGAAGCCCUUCACUGCCAGAGGCUUUCCCCGACACUGCUACCUCCCAGACAGUGAGAGAGGACGCAAGGUACUGAGACUGCUCCUGGUAGCGUGGGACCGCAGGUUGAUCUUCUCAGUUGGGACUUCGAGCACUACUGGAGAGUCUGACACCGUCAUCUGGAACGAGGUCCACCAUAAGACAGAGUUUGGCUCCAACCUGACGGGCCAUGGCUUCCCCGACCCCGGACAUCUCGACAACGUCCUGGAAGAGCUCCGAGCUCAGGGCAUCACAGAGGAUGACGGACUGAUGGAAAAGUGAAAGGACAAGCGAACAGGGCAGCGGAGAAGGAGGAAACAUCCAUGUGAGAGCAGUGAAGAGUGGAAGGGAGAAUGAGGAGUAAAGGAAGAGACGGUGAAAAUAACAGAAGCAGGAGUAGGAAAAGAGGAGGUCCUGGACUGAGACACACUCUCUCUGCCAGCACUUACUGGGGCGCAGGGGGACAUUUUGGGUUAUAGAGGACAUUGAUAUUGAUUUGCGAAGGGAACCACUCUUCAGUCAGUGCUGGUUUCUCCUGUCAAUGCAAGUCUGUCCAAAGUUCAUAGUUUUCAAGCAAGCACAUCAGCAGAAGGGGGAGGGAGUUUGAGGAAGCUGCAGCACAGUCAGAAAAGCAACUCAGAAAGAGGUGGAGGCUGAGAAACCAGCAGAAAGAAUGAUGGCACUCAAGGUUUUAGCUACUACACAGCUAGGUACUAAAUGUCAACAAGUGGGAAUGAAUAGGUACUAAUAUUUAGGACAAGAACAAGUUCACUUUACUGAGAGAGAGAAUAACCAGGACAAGAAGGUAAAAUGUUGGAGCAGUUUCAUGAAAACUGGGAGAGAAAGGACAAAGAGAAAGAAGUUGGAGCGGUGGGGGAGGGGACAGGAGGAGGGAACGCAGGAACAAUGUAGCAGAAAGAGACAAAGAUGGUGUAUGAAUGUAGCGUAGGAUAGGAGUAGAGUAAAAUUAACUUGUACGGUACUUAACAGGUACUUUGGCUAACACUAUAAACACAAGGAAACCAAGAGUGAUGAAGGGAAGGACAGCCGGACUGUGUGCUCGCUUUGUUCAACACACCUGCUCGUUUGUGGUUGAAGUGCUGUUGCUCCCUCUCGUGGUGGUGCUGAUGAACUACACCUCAGCCUGCAAGCUUCUGGAACACAUCAGAACGUUACUAUGAGUUAUCCACCUGUGUUACUUCUUAUCAUUAUCACUAUAAUCCUCAGUUAAUGUCAUUCCAUACUUUACCUCCUACUUUUGACUUGAUGGGUUUUAUAUGACCGAGGCUCUGUACGUUUAUGAUUGUGUGUGAAAUGACAAAAGACCAAACUAAGGCCUGCUCUUCUGGGCCUAUUUGGAGUCUUACUAUUGAGUCACUGUGGUACACGUUAACCUUAGAUACACAGGUACCAGUAUUUACUUAUAAUUUUUAUUUGUGUCCCCUUUGGUGGUUCACAUGGUUUCAGUGGAUGUAAACGCUGUUGUAUCCUGUCAGCAGUGCGGCACCUAGGUGAGGAUUUGAUUAUAGAGCUUAACGAUGAUGAGCAUUUUCCUAGAACUAAGUGCUGAGGAUUUACUUCAAGGCCUAAGUGUUUAGUUCUAGUUGAAUGAGCUUCACUGUUAGAGCUUAAACUCAAGAGAAAUGAAGCAAAAGGCUGGUGCUGGGCUCACAGCCAGAAAGCCGCUCAGACUGGGCAGAGGGUUGGAGGGUGGAGAGGACAAAGAGUGGACCUGAAGCAGAGGUCAUGGCCUGGUCAAAUCCAUGGUAAAAAACAAACUUAAUAUUCAAAUAAAUUCUAGUUGGUCCUUCUGAAAGUUUGUUGAGGAUACAGGGAUUGAUAUCAUCCCCAGUAGACGGGGAAAACACAGUUAAAAAGGCAUCUAUUAAAGGUCCCAUAUUUAUGUAAAUGUAAAUUCACCUCACAUGCGUCAUCAGAGAUAGUUAAUGCAGACUGUUUGCUCAUUUUUACUUAAGAAGUUAAAUUGCAGGUCCCUAAAACCAGGACACACAUUACAACUGGACUUUCUCCUGAUUGGCUGGCAUCACAAAAAAAUAGUCCAUCCAGUUUGCAAUCUGAACCAGAAGGCGGUAGAGCUGCAGUGAUUAAUAGAUUUGUUGAUUGGAAAGAAAUUCAUCGCCAACCAUUUUCACAACUUUGUGACAUUUGAUAGACUGAACGAUUAAUCAGUUAACCGUGAAAAUAAACGGCAGAUUAAUCGAUGAUAAAAAUUAUUGUUCCAGCCCGAGAAGUCAUUUUGGUGAUUUACUUCAUUUAAAUCAGAUGAGCCGCUGUGUCGGCCAGCGAGUUCUCUCUGUGAGGAUGUAACGGCUCCUGUGAGAAGCUGAAUUAAUUCAGUAAAUAUUGCUGUAGCUUUUUAGCAGCUUUUUUAGGACAAAACAUCACAUCAAGCCUUUUUUGUACGUGCGCCAGAGGAGCAAUGUGUUUUGAAAAGGCCAGAUUCUAAAGGAUACAUAAUUUGGGAACUUUAAUCUAUGACUUGUGAUUGAGUUGGAGAUCACUAGCGUCAUUAUUAUCUCAACAACUCCCCUUAUCUCUACCUCUCCUGACUGAUAACACACUGCCCAGUCUCUGAGUUGGGUCUGUAUGUGACCCCUUAUCACAAUGUUACGAGACGUGUCUGUGUGUGUGUGUGUGUGUGUGUGUGUGUGUGUGUGUCUGUGUCUGUGUGUCUGUGUGUCCGUGUGUGUGUAAAAGAAAGAAUCUGUGUACUGUGUAUACUACCAACAUGCUCCCAGUUUAGGGUAUUAUUUGGAUACUCCAGGGGAAUCCCAUCAUCCUUUAACUCUAGUGAUGACAGAUGGUGGAAGGCACUCCCUUUCUUCUUUACAUUAUUUUAAUAUGAAGUUUAGUUACUCCUUUGCUUUUUAAUAGCAUUUCUUUUGACACUAUCAUAGAGUGAACUGCCUUUUUAUUUUGUAUGUUUAUGUUGUAUUAAUUAUGCUCCUUUUCAUUGUUACUGUUGGUUUACAAAGACAGUAUUGUUGAAUACUCUGUCUUUUUGUUUUCAUUGUAUACAGACGUUAAGCUGAUUUGCAACAUCUUUUCUUUGGAAAAGAGAUUUGAUGGUAGACUUUUAUUUGAGUGUAAAAUGUAAUGAAUUUUAAUGGCAAAACCCUUGUACACUUGCUCUUCUGUGAGGUCAAGAGUUAUUUUAUUUUCUACAUAUCAUCUGUCCUGCCUCUGUUCUGCACUGAGCCUUUAUCUGCCUACCAGACUCCUCGAUGACCCUGGAAGGUUUUGUAGCAGAUUUGUGGAUGGAGAUUUUGGUCUUAUGUCCAGCCCUCUUUUAGCAGCAGAAUGGUACGAGUGCAGGUGGCAUGAUGAAAAUGAUUAUUUUAAACAUUGUAAAAUGUAAUAAAAUCACAUUUCCUCUGGUGUUGUUGCAGAUUUCUUGCUCUGUUGGCCCAAACACUGCACAAUGACUUGGGAAAACCUUGAUUUUGUAUGAUCAGUAAGUCACUUGAUUGUUAAUUUUACCUUGUCUUUCUCCUUAUUUUUUUUAAAAUUCCAAACAGUGAAUAAGAAAUUGAAAUAAAUAUUUCUUAACAUACUGAACUGGAUGAGCGGAGUCUGAUUUGUACCUGAUCUGGUUAUUCCAGGGUUAAAAAGUGUUGUGUUAAACCUUGAACCUCAAGUGUUUUGGGAAAAGCAUAAUUGUUGAUAUGGAGGUUUUGAUGUGUGUUGUGCAGUGUCUGAAGCCAUGUGAGCAAUGUAGCAAACAGCUAUGGCUAGUAACUCACCAUUUUAGUUUUGUCCCUGCUUUAAAUGUGGAUUUCUUUCCCAUCACCGGGUCUCAUCCCCACUGAAGGCACAGCUCCUCCACAUGUCAGUGGAUGAGGGCCUUCUGUGACUUUGUCUCAUUGUUUAUGAGGGGUGGGGUGGGAAAAAGGUGACACAGGUGCUGGUAUGGAGAGAUAUCAUAAACAGCAAAGUGUAUAUAUUGCAAAAUAAUUGCUGAAGUAUGGAUGAUUAAUACAAGAACAAAAAAUAAAGAAUGAAUGAAA